AGUAUAUAUAUAUUUAAAUAUGAAUAUAUGAAUUUACUUUUAUGUAAUGGCAAUUAAAAUUAAUACAGUAUUUCUGUAUAGAUGCUACACAAGCUGCUUCAAGGAGAAGAUGGGGAGUACUUAGAGCCUACAGCAACCAAAGACGUCGAAAAUCACAUGCUUACGAUUACAUCAGACCAAGAUGGACUCUCUCUCCACGAAUACCAAGAGAGUUCCGGUGUACUAAUGUCAUCUAGUUCUGAUUAUCUUCCCCUGCCAAAUACAAGUUACAGAGGAGAACUAGACGCUAACCCGUGCACCAAUAAGUCGUCGAAACGGAGCGCUUUCACUUCUCCUAUCACCCAUCACAGUACCACGGAAAAGGGAAUGGCAGUGAAUGAUUAUUUUGGCAGAAAUUCAUGGGGAAUGGCAUGGCUAGACCAAUCGACUCAACAUUCAGAGUUCGAUGACAAACAUUUAACCUCUCAAUGUUCUACACAUCAAGUUUUUCAAAGUUUGCAACAGGAAUGUCCGCUUCACCAGGAAUAUUCUGUACAUGUAAUACCUCAGCAAAAACAGCCACCUCAGUGCCUGCAACUUGCAGAGCAGUAUUCGGAUCAGCAUGUGCAAAAUAUCAAUUUGUAUUCUAAGCAACAGCUCCCAUAUUCUAUACAGAGAAAAGACUCAGAUACACUGACAAAUACACCUGGAGGGAGAUCACAGCAGCAGUCUGGAAAUAUGCAUUCUGAAGCAAACCUUCCUACGUUUCCAUCACCAUAUUUCGAUCAGCUUACCGGAGCGUGCUCUCUUACCGCAGGCGCUGCUUCACUUCCCUGUAACGAUAACUGUUCGGGAAUAGUAGAAUGUGUCGAAGAUCGAAGCCAUAUUACUAAGAAUAAAACCUACGUGACCUCUCCUGGCCAUGAAUAUUGGCGGCAAGGCUGUAAUCCAAAGCCCAAGACAGGCCAGCAAGCGAGCGAUCAAAACAUGUCCUUAGUGCCACCUUCCCCGAGGGUCAUCCUCCGACAGCCUGGUCGGAGUCACCACUUUCCCAACGAGUACGAUCCGUCCCCGUCCGAGAGUGCGGAGCCGCUGAGCGUCAAGAAACUUGCCUAUCAGAUGGUGUCGGGGAUGGGAGGCCAAACAAAACUCGUCUUUAAAAAUGCGUGAUAAAAGAACACGUUUUUUUUUCCUGGAAGAAUAUUUAUUUGUUUGAGGAACCUAGUUUGAGCUACAUAUACUUGUUGCUUUCUUAAAUGAUUUGUCAAGGCUCACAUUCGAAGUGCUAUUGAAGACAUGUGAUAUAAAGUCAGAAUACCCGAUUUAUUUUGCGAAUUCAUUGUAUGCUGAAUGUCCAAACUGACCAUGUAUGAUUCAGUUACUGUAUUGACAUCUGCUUUGUCCAUACAUUAACUAUUUUAUGCAAUUGUCCAUAGUUGAACAUUUGUAAGAUUAUCCAAAGAAGUUUGAGAAAGUGAUUGAUACAUAUAGAUGCACAAAAACAGUAUGGAAAUAAAGUGAAAUUCUUUA